AUGGAGACACCUAGGAAACCCCUCAGAAAUCUUCACCUAGAAGUUAACACACCACUACAGGUGCCAGCCUCUCCAUUGAUGAAAACACUUGGUUAUGGCACCGGAGUUAAUGUGUACUUCUUGGAAAGAUCACCAAAACCCAGCGGCCAAAUACGUUCACCGUGGGCCAUUAAACGUGUCUCGCAACGCACCCGACGUACAAAUGGUGAAAAUUCCAAAAUAUUUAAUGAUCGUAUACGAAAAGAAGCCGAAAUUCUGCGCAAAUUAAAACAUCCUAAUAUUGUGGGGUUUCGUGCUAUCGCAAAAAAGGAUAACGAUGAAGUUGAUAGCUUGGCCUUGGAAUGUUGUAGCACAUCGUUGGGAUCAAUACUGGAAGAACGUUUGGAAGAGGACGCUGGGCCUUUGCCGGCUAAGGAUAUCAGGAAAAUGUUGACCGAUAUAUCGAGUGCUUUGAAUUAUUUGCACACGGAGGCAAUGUUGUUACAUGGGGAUUUAAAGUCGCACAAUAUUUUGGUUAAAGGCGAAUUUGAAAUCUGUAAAUUGUGUGAUUUUGGUGUAAGCCUGCCGCUGAAUAAGGAGGGCAAAAUCGAUUUCAAAGAAAAUCCCGAACUAAGAUAUGUGGGCACUGAACUUUGGUGUGCCCCAGAAAUUAUCGAAGAUGAAGAGGUGAUUGACAGUAAAGCUGAUAUUUUUAGUUUGGGUCUUAUAAUAUAUGAGACCAUAGCAUUGAUACCGCCUCACUCACAAAGGUUAGAUGAUACUGAAAAGGAUGAAGAUGAAGAAAAUUCCCUAGAACAAAGUGAUUUGGAGCCAUUGGAUGCAACGAUGCCAUAUGGUACUCGACCACCAUUACCCCAGGCAUUUGAGCUGCAUGAAGAUUACAACGUCAUAAUGGAGUUAUUUUAUUUGUGCACAAAUGAAGAUCCCAAACACCGACCAUGUGCCAAAAUCAUAUAUGAUUCUUUGACAAUAAAAUCUUGA